AUGACUAAUGUUAUUUAUAAAUUUGCAGGGGUAUUUCAUGAACUGGAAAAAAUUAUGAAUAAUUCCCAUUCAAGUGAAAAAAGUCCCAAUGAAGAUAAUUUUAAAGAAAUUAAAGAAAAUACAUUUAAAGAAUUUAGUAAUAUUGAAUCCAUAUGCAAAAAAUUUGAUUAUUAUACAACUAGUAUACAGGGAAAUCAUUCAUCUAGCAUGUUAAACGAAUCAAGUUGCAUAUAUUUGUAUUAUUGGCUAUAUUAUUAUAAGAAUGAGAAAAGGAAUAUUGAGAACGUUAAAAAACUUUACAAGGCAUUGAUCAAGGCUGAUUCUACAAGCCAUCAAAAUUUAUGCCCAAGAAGUGGUUACACGAAAAUUUCGGAUGAUGAAAUGUCAAAGCUCAAAGAUCUGCAUGACAUGUACACUUAUCUAAAUAAUAUACAGAAUAAUGGUACUUCUCAAUGUAAUGAUAAAUGCAGUUGUGCCAAAAAAUGUGCUGAUCUGUAUAUGAAAUACAAGAACGCAUGUGAAUCCAAUAAUAACUCUGGUUUCUGUAAUGAGUUAAAAAAUGUUACGGAUAAAUAUAAUGCACUAAGUACAACUAAAUGUUCUGGACAAUUAACAUAUAUAAUGUUACCUUUGUUCAAAAGAAAUCAUACAAGUGUUCGUAUUGCAAUUACAAUUUUUGUGAUCUUAUUAAUAUCAAUAACUUUAUUAGUUGUGCAUAAAUUUACCCCAUAUAUUUCAUGCUUUCAAGGAACAUUAAGAAGAAAACGAAAUAAGUGGAAUAAUAUAGAUGAAGAUUAUGACAUAUUCCAAUCGUACAAUAAUGAGAGCAAUUCUACCAUAAAGAGUAGACACCAUAUAUUAUAUCUUAAAGACUAA